AAACGGCGACCUAGUGGGUCAACCCUUGCUAGGAAAUUUCACUCUAGCAAUUCUCGCAUAGGUCUGCUUUGUAUCUGCCACUCUCCGUUCAUAAAUCCUACCACCGCUCGGACAUGCUUGCACACAUUCUGCCACGAGUAUAUCAUUGUAGCCCUACAAUAUUCUUCUCAGUGCCCCGUCGAGCGCUCCUCGCUUUCCCUCUACGAUCUAUCGCCAGUGAAUCCCAUCGUGAAACAUCUCGUAGACGAACUAAUCGUCGGAUGCCCCAACCGAGCCUCCGGAUGCACGCAGACAUUCCAGAGGCAAUUGUUGUCUGAUCACAUCAAGGACGCCUGCCAAUGUGUCCCGAUCCCUUGUUCAGAAGAGCAGUGUCGCAGGGUGAUCCUUCGGAAAGAUGUUGGUGGUGAGCACAAAGACGCGUGCACAUACCGCUCGACGCAGUGCGAUGUGUGUGGUGCGACCAUCAAGAACAGCAAUCUCAUCCCGCUCCACAACUUGGAGUAUCCUUCCAAGUUUGCCGCUUGCGAAUUCUGCUGCGAAGAGUUCCCGAGGCCACAGCUGCGAGAGCAUGAUGCCGUCUGUCACUACUAUGAGAUUCCAUGCACGCACGCUAAUGAUGGCUGUUCCUGGUAUGGACCCCGGCAUAUAUUCUGGGACUAUCAUUCCCUCUCCUACCGAGCAAUCAAAGAU